AUGCCACCUCCAGCAAUAUCACAGAUUAACGACAAUGACUUUAGCAUGAUGAAUGUCCCCAAGUAUGACUUGUCGGGUCCGGUUCUUUCAAUGUCGGAAAUGAGCCGCCAUCUUCGGAAAACAUCAUCUUCGUAUCCUUCUCAAGGUAAAGCAUCUACGCGGAUUCAGUCGCCAGAAUCAAUGUUUCGUCCAAACAAGCUCAGUCACACCGACCUGUCUCGCUUCAGCAAGGCCAAUGACCGACUUUCGAACCUCCGCUCUACUCUGUCUUCAGACGAGUAUUAUGACAGGACCAUGAGCACUAACCCCCUUGAGGUGAUGGAAGCUGUUACGGCCAUCAUGGAGCGUCAAGGCCAGCCGAGGCCCAGAGUAACGCCGUAUAAUCAGUACGAGCUCGUGGAAAGCACAGAGGUGCUUCCUAGCGACUCUGCCUCGCAGCACUCAAGUCCCUCUGGAGCACAUCUUGCGAUUGACACUUGUAGCCCGUCGAAGAAAGCGAAAGGAUUAACUUGGGAGAGUAUGGAUACCAUAGAUGGUCAAUACGAUGGUGCAAAUGAAGCAAACACUACACCGGAGAGCACUGUUUCUACCGUACGGUCGCCAGGCACACCGGCAGAUCAAGAGCAUCUUCACAAGAAGAUCAAACGGAAAGCAUCCGUCUUCUCCCUCUACAGCCUGGCCAACCCCCUUUCCAAGCACCCAAAGCUCGGCUUACGGAAAUGGGCUAGCAGUGUGUACCAUCAAGGAAGUCAAAAGCUCAGCCAGGCCCGACUGAAGUGGAUAUGUCCGGCUCGACGAGAUCGGCGGAUGUUUGAAACGUGGAGGAUGCGCCAUCGCGGGACGAACUCGGAAUCAUCUCCGUGCAAAGAAAAAUCUGACAGGAACUCUGGCAUAUUUUCGUCUGAGAGCAGAGUGUGUGCGAGUGAAGAUUGGUGGAUGGACGGCGUCAAGAUGUUUGAGGCGCCCAAGUGGAUGAAUUUCGGUGGGUUUUCUCGCUCUUGA